CAAGGGCGUGGCAGGGCAGAAUCCCCUGCGCCCCAACAGACGACUCGCAGGCUCCAGUGACCACUUUCUGAGGGGGCCUGCCAUCCCCUGAGACAGUUAUUUGGGGAGACGGAACGGGGGCGCAGGCGGCCCGGCUCCAAGCACCCGCCCGCCGCGGUCCUCCGGGAGCCGAGUCCUGCCUGGAGCACCAGCGCCCAGGAGGGUGAGGACGCUGGAGGAAAGUUGGGGGUCGGAGCCGCGGAGCCGGGAGCGCGGAAGCCGGGCCGGUGUCCGCGUCUCAUGAAUAUGCAGGAGCCACCUCCCUCCCUCCGUGACGUCACGGGCCGUCCCGGGGUGAGCGCCGGAGCCGCUCCGGGUCCGCGCCAGUGAGCGCGGCUGCUGGCGGUGAGCGAGCGAGCGGCGCGGCGGCGGGCAGCUGAGGCCGAGCGCGGCGGCGUCCGAAGCGCACCCAGCAGGCAAAGCGAGGCGGCCGCGGCCCGGCGGGCGCCGGAAGGCGAGAGCCGGUGCGGGCAGCAGGCGGCAGCGGCAGCUCGGCGGCGGCGGCGAGGAUGUUGACCGGGAGGCUGUGCUGGGUACCGCUCCUGCUGGCGCUGGGCGUGGGGAGCGGCAGCGGCGGCGGAGGGGGCAGCCGGCGGCGCCGCCUCCUCGCGGCUAAAGUCAACAAGCACAAGCCAUGGAUCGAGACCUCAUAUCAUGGAGUCAUAACUGAGAACAACGACACAGUGAUUUUGGACCCACCACUUGUAGCCCUGGAUAAAGAUGCACCAGUUCCUUUUGCAGGGGAAAUUUGCGCGUUCAAGAUCCACGGCCAGGAGCUGCCCUUUGAGGCCGUGGUGCUCAACAAGACGUCGGGAGAGGGCCGGCUGCGCGCCAAGAGUCCCAUCGACUGUGAGCUGCAGAAAGAGUACACGUUCAUCAUCCAGGCCUACGACUGUGGUGCAGGGCCCCGGGAGACGGCCUGGAAGAAGUCACACAAGGCCGUGGUCCAUAUCCAGGUGAAGGACGUCAAUGAGUUUGCUCCCACCUUCAAAGAGCCAGCCUACAAGGCGGUGGUGACAGAGGGCAAGAUCUAUGACAGCAUCCUACAGGUGGAGGCCGUGGACGAGGACUGCUCCCCUCAGUACAGCCAGAUUUGCAACUAUGAGAUCGUCACAACUGACGUGCCUUUUGCCAUUGACAGAAAUGGCAACAUCAGAAAUACCGAGAAGCUGAGCUAUGACAAGCAACGCCAGUACGAGAUCCUGGUGACCGCCUACGACUGUGGACAGAAGCCUGCCGCUCAGGACACGCUGGUGCAGGUGGACGUGAAGCCAGUUUGCAAGCCUGGCUGGCAAGACUGGACCAAGAGGAUUGAGUAUCAGCCUGGCUCGGGGAGCGUGCCGCUUUUCCCCAGCAUCCACCUGGAGACGUGCGACGGGGCCGUGUCCUCCAUCCAGAUCACCACAGAGCUACAGACCAAUUACAUCGGCAAGGGCUGCGACCGGGAGACCUACUCUGAGAGAUCCCUUCAGAAAUUGUGUGGAGCCUCCUCUGGCAUCAUCGACCUCUUGCCAUCCCCCAGUGCGGCCACCAACUGGACAGCAGGACUGCUGGUGGACAGCAGUGAGAUGAUCUUCAAGUUCGAUGGCAGGCAAGGGGCCAAGAUCCCUGAUGGGAUUGUGCCCAAGAACCUGACAGACCAGUUCACCAUCACCAUGUGGAUGAAACAUGGCCCCAGCCCCGGUGUGAGAGCCGAGAAGGAAACCAUUCUCUGCAACUCGGAUAAGACUGAAAUGAACCGGCAUCACUACGCCCUGUAUGUGCACAACUGCCGCCUGGUCUUCCUCUUGCGCAAGGACUUCGACCAGGCCGACACCUUCCGCCCCGCAGAGUUCCACUGGAAGCUGGACCAGAUAUGUGACAAAGAAUGGCAUUACUAUGUCAUCAACGUGGAGUUUCCUGUGGUUACUUUGUACAUGGAUGGAGCAACGUACGAACCCUAUCUGGUGACCAACGACUGGCCCAUUCAUCCAUCUCACAUAGCAAUGCAACUUACGGUCGGCGCUUGUUGGCAAGGAGGAGAAGUCACCAAACCGCGGUUUGCUCAAUUCUUCCACGGCAGCCUGGCCAGUCUCACCAUCCGCCCUGGCAAAAUGGAGAGUCAGAAGGUCAUUUCCUGCCUGCAGGCCUGCAAGGAAGGGCUGGAUAUUAAUUCCCUGGAAAGUCUCGGCCAAGGAAUAAAGUACCACUUCAACCCCUCGCAGUCCGUCCUGGUGAUGGAAGGUGAUGAUAUUGGGAACAUCAAUCAUGCCCUCCAGAAGGUCUCCUACAUCAACUCCAGGCAGUUCCCGACGGCAGGUGUGCGGCGCCUGAGAGUCUCUUCCAAAGUCCAGUGCUUUGGAGAAGAUGUGUGCAUCAGCGUCCCCGACGUGGAUGCCUAUGUGAUGGUGCUGCAGGCCAUCGAGCCCCAGAUCAGCCUCCGUGGCACGGACCGCCUCUGGAGACCCGCCGCCCAGUUUGAAAGUGCCAGAGGGGUGACCCUCUUCCCCGACAUCAAGAUCGUGAGCACCUUCGCCAAAGCUGAGACCCCGGGUGAGCCGAAGGCCACAGCCCCCAAAUCAGCAGUCUUAGAAGAAAUGCUCCAUAACCUAGAUUUCUGUGACAUUUUGGUACUUGGAGGGGACCUGGACCCGAGACAGGAAUGCUUAGAGCUCAACCACAGUGAGCUCCAUCAGCGACACCUGGAUGCCACUAACUCCACCGCAGGUUACUCCAUCUAUGGUGUGGGCUCCAUGAGCCGCUAUGAGCAGGUGCUGCAUCACAUCCGCUACCGCAACUGGCAUCCAGCUUCCCUGGAGUCCCGACGGUUUAGAAUCAAGUGCUCAGAACUCAAUGGACGUUAUACUAGCAAUGAGUUCAACCUCGAGGUCAGCAUCCUCCAUGAGGUCAGAAUGUCAGACAAGGAGCACGUCAGCCACCUUAUUGUGCAGCCUCCCUUCCUACAGUCUGUCCACCACCCCGAGUCCCGGAGUAGCAUCCAGCGCAGUUCAGUGGUCCCAAGCAUCGCCACAGUGGUCAUCAUCAUCUCCGUGUGCAUGCUGGUGUUUGUCGUGGCCAUGGGCGUGUACCGGGUCCGGAUCGCCCACCAGCACUUCACCCAGGAGACUGAGGCUGCCAAGGAGGCGGAGAUGGAUUGGGACGACUCUGCGCUCACUAUCACAGUCAACCCCAUGGAGAAACAUGAAGAACCAGGGCAUGGAGAAGAAGAGACUGAGGAGGAAGAGGAGGAAGAAGUAGAGGAAGACGUGAGCUCCAGCAGCAGUGACUCAGAGGACAGCGAAGAGGAAGAGGAGGAGGAAGGGAUGGGCAGGGGCAGACAUGGGCAGAGUGGAGCCAGGCAAGCCCAGCUGGAGUGGGACGACUCCACCCUUCCCUACUAGCGCCCGGCUGUCUGCGCCCACCCACAUGUCCCUUUUGUAAGCCUCACCCCAGUGUACACCUAAGUCUAUCACAUGUCGCCUCUGAUUUCUAGGACAGGUCUGGGCAGGCCCUCCCCAGUGUCCUGGAAGCCACCCGUUAUGCCUUGGGCACUCCCUAUGUCCCAGCCCCAGGGUAGUUCCAAGAAGCCCAGGGUCAUUAGUGGAGACUUCAAGGUGGACUUUGUCCUGUAGCCCUCACUUUUCCUGCCCUGGGCUCACCCAGCAUCCUGCCAGCCAAUCUGCAGAGUUCUGCCAUUGCUUUUCUCUGCAGGGAAGAAAGUAAGCCUUUAGGUCACUCACCUCCCCCGGGUUCCCCAUGGCCAGGGACCUUGGGUUCCAGCUCACUGUGCGUGUACCUGACCCAGUCUCCUCUUCCACACAGACCAGCAGGUUCUCUUUACCUGACUCUUCAGGUGGCUUCACACAGGCAAG